AUGACUGAACAAUGUCUUCUUCCAACUCCGCCAACAUUUUCACAAAUGAUGGAGGAUUUAGAAUCAAUGUUACCGGAUGAUACAAUAUUAAAAGUAUUUUCUCUUGAAGAUUCAGCUGAGCAAGCAGAGAACUAUAUUCAAAGAAAUGAGAAUGUACAUAUGAAAGAAAUUGAACAAGCGUGUUGGCUAAUUGAUAAAUUUCUUGAUCGUCUUAAUAAAAUAUAUCGUCUUGAAUCAUUAUCUUCUUCAACAUUGAAUGAUGAACAACAAUCGACUAGUGGAGAAAAUGUUGAGCCAAAAUUAAAAAGUAUUAUUGAAGAAUUAGAACGAUGCAUUGAAAAACUACAAUCAAAUAAUUUCAACGACUGA